AACCCAAACCCCACCGCACCGACUCCCAUUCCUCCCAAAUUGGUUUCAGACAUGGUGACGGAGGAACUCGUUUUCGUGAAUUUCUGGUCAAGCCCCUUUGGGUGCAGAGUCAAAAUCGCUUUGGAAGAGAAGGGGAUUCCUUACGAAUACAAAGAAGAGGAUCUGUUCAACAAAUCCCCUCUUCUGUCUACAAUCAAUCCUGUUUAUAACAAAGUUCCAGUACUCGUUCAUAAUGGAAAAUCAAUAUGUGAAUCGCUAAACAUAGUGGAGUACAUCGACGAGGUUUGGAGCGAUCGAUCAACUUCGUUCCUUCCUUCCGAUCCAUAUGAGAGAUCACAAGCUCGAUUUUGGGCUGAUUUCAUCGACAAAGAGCUAUAUGAAGCAAGCAAGAAGAUUUAUAGAUGCAAAGGGGAAGAACAAGAGAGCGGCAAGAAAGAUGUGUUAAGAAUCUUGAAAUUAAUUGAAGGGGAACUUGGAAACAAACCUUUUAUUGGUGGCGACAAUUUAGGCAUUGAAGAAGAGUGUCCGAUUUUAGUUUCAUGGGCCAAAAGGUGUUCACAAAAGGAAAGUGUAGCAAAGUCUCUUGUUGAUCCAAUCAAGAUUUACGACUUCAUUUUGUAUCUCAAUAAUUAUCUCACAAAGUAA